CUAGUUUUAGUACUAUACUUUUGAACUAAUCUUCAAAUCUCAAAUUCACAGUGAUGGCAUUUUUCCCUAUACAUAAAUGUAUUCAUAGGCACAAGAUAGUAAGGCGGUAGUGGCGAGAGCAAUUGAUGCAUUCAUAUGCCCAGUUUAUGGGUAUUUAGCAAUAGUAGCAUUAGCGAAAUAUUGAAGGCAAAGUGCUUGCAAUAGUGCAUAGUCACGUGACUUAUUUUACGAAAAUGGCGGCCACCAAAAAAUAUUCAAUUUUGGCCAAAUUACCAACUUAAAAACAUCAUUCAGAACAAACUGGUUUGCUUGCAUGUUAAUGGAAUAUUAGGGCACCCGUAGGCACACUUGGAAGCAUUGAAGAUGGCAUCGAGGUCUUCCCGAUCACGGGGUCGCGCGCCAAAAUCUCCUUUGUCAGAUCAAAUGAGUUCUGCAAAACCAUCCGACUCAGCAAGUAACGUUAGCUCACGCUCAAGUACUCCAGUAAGCAGUAUGUCAAGUACACCAACUUCCCAAAGACAAACCAGACCCAAGAGUAGGCGUGGAGGACGUCAAGCAGCAGAAAAAUCGAAGACAUUUAUUCGAAUGGUUUUAGAUGAUGGUGAUGAAAAAGACAUCGACCAGCUGAUGAGUGAUUCCAGUCCAGAAUCAGAUAUUGAAAGUGAUGAUUCCCUUGGUGCACCACCCUCGGAUAUAAUGCAAAGUCUUACAUCUGAAACUCCAGAAAAAGAUGAAGAUACCUUUUCUGAAUAUUCUGAAAGUGUUGCCAGUGAACUCAGUAGGGUUUCUUCCUCAAGUAGACCAUAUCCUCAUAGACCAAAGACUCCUGAUAUACCCGAUGAUAUAGAAAUACCACCAUUGGUUUUACCUAGUAGUUCAAAUGACUUGCUGAUAGAUUGUGAAAAUGUAAUGAAAACAGUAGGAAUAUAUGAAGUACUUCGUCGCUUUAGAAUUAUCCUCAGAUUAUCCCCUUUUAGAAUAGAAGACUUUAUUGCUGCACUACUGUGUAAUGAACAAUGUAAUUUAUUAGCAGAGGUUCAUAUGGCAUUGAUAAAAUCCCUCUUUCGUGAAGAAGAUGGCAAUAACACAACAUUUGGUCCUCAUGAUUUGAAAGAUAGUAUAAAUAUUGCACUGUUCUUUAUGGAUAGUAUGACAUGGCCAGAAGUAGUCCGAUUAUAUUUAGCAUGCGAUAAAAACACUGAAUUUACUUGGGCCUUGCCAUCCCUUGAACAUUCAAACUUUCCCUUUGUGGAUUUAAAGAUGAAAUUAGAUGUUCUACAAUGCUUAACUGAUUUGUUUCUGGGAACUAAUGCCGUAAGAGAGGAAUUGAUGAAUGAGGGAACUAUAACAUAUGACGACCAUUGCAGAAAUUGUCACAAACUUGGGGAUCUGCUUUGCUGUGAAACCUGUUCUGCUACAUAUCAUCUGCAAUGUGUAGAACCCCCACUAGAGGAAGUACCCGAAGAAGACUGGGUCUGCUCUGUAUGCAAAGCACAUAAGCUGAAAGGUGUGACUGACUGCAUAUCAAUAGUAGAGAAAAGUGGCUUGCUGUGUAGACAGGAACCUGUUGGCUAUGACAGACAUGGCAGAAAAUACUGGUUCCUCUGCAGGAGGAUCAUUGUCGAGGGUGAGAAUGAGGUUUGGUACUACACAGCCAAGGCUCAGUUUGAAGAGCUCCUGGAGACAUUGGACCAUAAAGUAUGGGAGAAAGAUCUUGUGGCGGCCUUCCAUGAGAUCAGAAGUGAUAUUGAUACCCAUAUGGAGAUAACUGAGGAGUUAACUGCCUCUGCUAGAGGACACAGGAGGUCUGCAUUGAUGGAGUCUAUUGAGAGCCUUGAGAAACGCCAGAAGGAGAGGGCUGAGAGAAAGGCAAGGGAGGAAGAAGAGAGGAAAGAAGAAGAAGCAAAACUAAAAGAGAAGAUGAAAGAAGAGGAUAAAGAGGAGCCCAAUGAUUCAAUGAAAGAGCAGAAUGGAAGUGAAGCAAAUGAAGUGAAAACUGAGAUUUCUGAAAUAGACAAAGAAAGAACCGUAUCAACUACAACCACCACAUCAACACAGUCCAUCACCACAACAACUGAGAUAGAUGGUUUAAAGAAGGAGGUGUCCUUAAUGGCAACAACCACAACUUCUGUUACCAUAGCAACCAACACUACAGUUACUGCUACUGUUGUAGAAAAAGAUGCAAACAAUGCUAGAGCUGACAACAAUGCAAUCCCAGCUGGAUCCCAGGGAGAUGGUCAACCAGAAAACAAUACUCCUGGUGUUGUUACAGAGGGCAGCACUGAAUCAGGUGCAGCUGUACCUAAGGUUGAUGAGAGAGGUGAUAAAGGGGAGACGAAGAUAAAUGAUAGAACUGUUGUAUCUCUUGACUCAAUGUUCCCUGGUGUCAAAGCUACUGAAUUAAAAACAGCAGGUGAUAGUGUGCCAGCAUCUACUGCCAAUCCCCCUGAUGUAGAGACACCAAAAAGCUCAGCUGCAGUAAAGGGGAGUGGGGCUGUCAAGACAGUGGUGUUGGUCAACAAGGAUGGCUCAAAGAUGACCUUUGCCUUGACCCCAAAGAAACUAGAGGAUGGAACUACUAAACUCAUGCCCACUAAACAGACUACAGACAGUAGUCAUUCCACCUCAUCUGAGGUUUCAGGAUCUGAUGAGAAGCGCUACACUACCAGGUUCCGCACUGGAUCCUUGACGCCUAAACACUUUGUUGACUCUGUUGUCUCGCCAACUGGAAGUGUGAAAAUGACAAGCGUAAACUCUUUGAAGAAGUCUUUAACAACAGAGAACAGUGAGGAGUCUGUCCUUGUCAUCAACAAAGAUGGAAAUAUAACAAAGGUGAUCAAGUCCAAGUCUAACUUACAAACAUCAUCCUCUACACAGGUGUUUAAGAAGGAGGUCUUCUUCAAGCUAGGUAUGGAGGCAAAUUACAAGACCUGGGAGAAUCAGUACUCUGUGGACACCCUCGCCUUAAACAAACCUCAACAUAAUGAGGAGCGAGAUAAGAGACGUCUUCUCUCACAUAAAUUCAGUCUGACCAAUGCUAGUGAGUUCAGGUGGAAUGGUACAAUACAUGGCAACAGAUUGAUGACCAUCUCCACACUGAGGUUGACUGUUACACACCUAGAGAACAGCAUUCCACAUGCCUUUAUGCACCCUAACUGGCCUGAAAGGAGGCGCAGCUGGGUGAAUGCUGUACAUAACUGUACAACAGCAAGAGACUUUGCCCUGGCCUUAGUCAUCUUGGAGAGCUGCAUAAAGCCUUGUGUCUUCAACUCUGUUUGGCAUGAUAACCUAGGUUAUUUGCACCUCCAGAGGAUCACAGCUUUGGAACGUGAAGAGAUGAAGAAGAAGGAUAAGAACAGGGAUGACCAGGACAUGAAUAAGGAGAAGUGGGUAAAAUAUACACUUGGAUUAAAACAUCAGGUUUGGAAACAGCGUGGUGAAGAGUAUCGAACAUUUGGUGUGGGUGGCUGGGUGUGGAGAAGCUCAACCAAGGUCUACAAACACAUCCCAUAUACUCAGGUCGGCCUUCGAGGGGUUGCACAGAAAAUCAGGUCACUCCAGAAUAAAGAUUCAAAUGAGUUGAGACCAGAUGAAAAUAUGGAACAUGACACAGAUGACAUUAAGACAAGAAGUGAGCCAAUUAACACUAAAGAUGCUGACUCAGAGAAAACUAUAGAACCUAUGGAGGUAGAUGAAACUCAGGGAAAAGAUAUUAGUUCUAAAGAUGUGAAGGUUGAUGAAGGUGCAACAAAUACUGAGUCAAUGGAAACAGACAAUGAUGAGAUAGCUACAAGUGGUGGUAAUAAUGAUCUCAGUCAGGUGAGAGAUGGUGGUAAGAAGCCAGAUUGUGAUAUUAUGAUAGUGGAUAGUGACAAAGAUAAGUCUACCAAGAAAGAGGAAGGAAGGAAAUCUCCACGUAAAAGAACAUCUGUAAAACCUAAAACUCCUGAAAAGUUUGAGUAUGUACCAGCAAGUGACCCUAAACCUGUUGAUGUCAUUGAUGUGUCAUCAGCAUUGAAAAAUCGGACUUAUUAUCCCAAAGUUACAACUCCUUAUUCAAAAUUAAACACUCUUUUACCAAGAAGAAUACACCAAUUUGAGAUGGAGGUAAGAAAACAAAUUUUAUAUAAACAAACAAUUGAGAAAUGCAGAAGAAAACUCAAAGAAAUCAAAGAAGCCAAAAUACAAGAUAAUGAACCAAAGAAAGAAAAUGGUGUAGACAAAGAUGGACCAGUCCCUCAAUACUGUUGUUAUUCAAGUGACUGUCGGAAUGCCACUAACCCGCACAAGCAAUGCUAUUCACCACUCUGUAGACGACCCUCCCAAAAUAUCUCUCAAGCAGCAUAUAAAGCAGAUUCUCCUGUUGAGGAAAAGCCAAAAGCUAGGAAGCAUUAUUUUUGCUACUCCUAUACAUGCAGAAACAAUGAGGAUGAGGAGUUUGAAUGUUAUUCACCUUGUUGUCAAAGAAACCCAGACAGCAUCUUUGAUGACAAUGAUGAUGGCUGUAAUGGUAUUGACGUCAUGAUGGUUGAGCCUAAAACACAAGAAGAGAUUGAGAAAGAAUGUGAAAAUAUGCAAAUUGAUAAAACUGAAAUGGAAGAUCUCAAUAGCUUGAUACCUAAUGGAAUCACAGAAGAAAGUGAACCAGUGAAAGUAGAACCGAAGAAACAACUUGAACUUGAAGUGAAACCUACCCCUGUUAAGGCAAUAUUACAGAAACGUGCUGCUGCAAGGAAAGCUAUUGAGGAGUUUACCGAGCUCUCAGACUCGGAUGAAGAACCAGUUGACUCUGGAGCAUGUGAUGACACCAAGAAAGAUGAAGACUACAACCCAUACAAUGAUGGCAACCCAACAAUCACCAACCAUAACCAUGAGGAAGAUGAUGAUGUUGAUAUAGAAGGAGAUGAAGAGUCACCUAAAAAAAGCUUCAAGCCUCCAGAAAAAUUCCAGAGUGCUUUCCUAGACUUUGUAAAAACAGAUAAUCCAAAAUUGAUAAGAAAGACUCCUAAAGUGAUCACUGUCACUCCAGUUUCUUCCUCACAGAACUCAAAUAAAUUCAGUCUAUUGACGAAACAACUAGGGCAGAAAGCAAUGUUUAAGUCAGUUAGCAUCAAGAAAAGCCCCCCAGCUAUAAAUGAUACUUUAAAAGUUGAGAAAAAGGUUGAUCCUUCUGUGUUGAUGCCUGAAGAACAGGCCAUCCUGAAACAAAUCUCUCUGCUAGAGGAGAGAAUAAAGCCUCCUAUUCCAACUAAAGUUGCUACAAAGAUCCCAAAGUAUGUAACCAAGGAAGGAAAGAUUGUACUGGCCUCCCAGGUCCAACUUCAGCAGAAAAAGGCACUCAAAAGUAUCUUGCCAGUAUGUCAAAAAUUCUUAACAAAGAGCAAGCAGAUGAGCAUAUUUGUACUGGAAAAACAAGAACUUAGAAAAUUAGCUCGUACUCGUGGAAUGCGGGAAGUGAGUGGAUUUAACUAUAACUGCAAAAUGUAUAAUGUGAACUGGAAUUAUCCUUGUCCAAGACCAUACUUCAAGACAGCCUGGAGAUGGAGGUUACAGACCCUGAAGACUCUAGCUGCAGUAGGUCUGCACCUACAUGUCAUGUGGGCCUGUGUUUCCUGGGAUGAUAUAAAUGCCAAGACACCUAUAGGGGGAACCAAUACAGUGACAACUGAGAACGACAUCACCACUAAGGAGCUCCUUAAGAGACGAGAUGUAGGUCUGUUUUCACUUAGGUCGGAAUAUCUGGUCAGGAAGAUUGUUGUUCCUAUCAACAUGCCUGAAGUCAAGAAAGAGAAGUACACUCCUAUUAGAAAGGGUCUGAGAGAGAGGAAAAGACCAGAGUCACCAAAGAUGACGGAGCCAAGCAUUACAGAGACUUGGGUGCCAGAGGAGAACCUACAAUUGUGGGAGAUAAAGAUGUUCUAUGACAAGGUGGAGCGUCAGAAAAUGAUUAAGGAAAUUGAGCCUGCAAAAUCGUCUAGUGAUGUAUCCACAGUGAAGAGCUCAUCACUUAGUGGAGCAAAUGAGGAGUUGAAGGCCCAGUUAGAGGCUCAACUUAAACAACAGAGAAUUGCUAUGCAACAGAAGCGUCUGGCAGAACAAGGGAUCAUCAUGACAACGACCAGCAAAACUCCAACAAUGGCCACUAAAUUGUCAGCCGUUACGAAAAUUGAGCUUCCACCCCGAUCAACCAUAACAACAGUUACUGCUCCAACACGUAAUGUACCUACAGUGGUGACACCUGGUGCUGUAGUGACUCGUACACGCACUGUGCAUCUCCCUGGAACCACAAUGACCAUCAGACCCAAGAUCACCAUGACAACUUCAUCUGGUAUGACACCCCAGGGUAUAAAGGUUGUCCCUCAGGGAAUGAAAAUGGCCCCUAGGCUUAUGACACCCACGUCUACCACUAAAAUGGUAUUGUCAAAGCCUCAGGUUGUGGCAUCAGGUUCAGCUACAACAACCAGUCAGGCCCAGAGUGUCCAGAUCAUCCAGUCACCCACUGGUCAGCUGCAAGUCAGGGGACUCCUGCCAGGCCAGCAGAUCAUUCGUCUCCCUGAUGGCAGAUUGCAGCUUAUAACUGUCGCAGGAGCCCGUCCACAGACCCCUGCACAACAACAGCAACAGCAGCAGCCACAAGCUCAGAACACCCCAACAGUUAACCCAAGAGUAGUAUCUCCUGGAACAGCUAUGGCUAAGACACAAGUACGAAUACCUGGACAGACUCCUCAUCUGGCUAGGAUAACUGCCCCAACCCUGGCUGCUGCUAUGGCCAAGAUUCGUGCUUCUGGGGGUACAACUCAGUCAACUCUCAGUGGCAUGUUGACAAGUCAGACGCCCCAGGCUACUCUAGUACGACCAGGGAUUGUGCAGCAAGGCACAGGGGUUGCUGGACAGGCCCAGGUUACCUUGGUGGGUAGCCCACCCCGGGCAGUGCUUGCUCCACAGUUAAGUGUCACACCUCCUGCCCAGCAACAGAUACGUAUCAUCACACCACCUUCUGCAAAUGUUGGACCCAAGUCGCCUGUGUUUGCUGUACCAGGGAGCAUGCUUGCAUCUUCCAUCAAUGCCUCACUCAGUGCUGCCCAGAAUGUGGCUGCUACACAGAAUGUUGCUGCCCAGAAUGCAGCUGCUGCACAGAAUGUUGCUGCCCAGAAUGCUGCUGCUGCACAGAAUGUUAUAUCACAAUCACAACAGGCUGCCACUCAGCUGGCCUCCAACAGAUAUUCUGUCACACCACAAGUUGUACAGCAAGUUGUGCGUCAAGCCAUGUUGCAGAACCAGGAUCCAGAGAUACAAGCCAAACUACUGGCUAUGCAGAAGAACAUUGGUCUUAGCCAGGCCAGGCUGCAGAUAGCAUCUCAAACUGGAGGCAAUCAAGCAGACGACGAAGAGACAUCAAGCACUAAUAAACCUGAUGUCUCAGCUAAGGGCUACAAUAGAGUGAAGGACAAUAAAUACAAGAUACCAUUAACAAAGGCUCUUACCCCAGAGGAAACAGAAAACAUCAACAGGCACAAUUCUGUGAGCCAGUGCAUCGCCUCAAUGCUCAACAGAAUCGAGAAAAUGGAGAGGGAAGAGCUGCGUAAAAAGAAACGCAUAGAUAAUAUGGAGGAAAAAGUGAAACGCACAUCAGAGGAGAAACUCCUGAAUAUUUUACACAAAACCAAAGAAAAUCUUAAGAAGGAGAUUUUGAAGAAAAGGUCACGGAUGGAAGCUUCAUUGGCAGCUGAUGUAAGGGCGGAGGUUGCUGAAGAGUUAAAGAAACAAAAGAAGAAAGUUCCAGUGAAGAGAAAGUCCACAGAGAUGAACACUGGAGCUAGCACAAUUGAAGGUCUUGGAGUGUUAGUGGUACAAGAGCCUAAGAGUAAGAAGAAGAAAGGCAAGAUUAUCUCUACUGGUACAAGCAAGGUGAACCCCACUGAAGAGAGACUCUACUGUGUAUGCAAGAAACCUUAUGAUGAAUCAAAGUUCUACAUUGGCUGUGACACAUGUACCAAUUGGUUCCAUGGUAACUGUGUUGGCAUAGAUGAGAGUCAUGCUAAGUUCAUGGAGACCUACACAUGUGAUGAUUGCAAGAAAGAGCAUGCAUCUAGUGCUGAGGAACUAUACUGUCUCUGUAAAACACCUUAUGAUGAAUCAAA